AUGACAUAUAAUAAUUCAGUUCUUGUGGGAAAUUGGAGUGAAGAAAGGCUUAAAAACGAAUAUGAAUUUAAAUUAUUUUUGAGAAAACGUGACAGAAGAGAGCUGUUACUUCAGAAAUCUCGGACAUUAUUCAGCAAUUUAUUAAAAGAGAGGCCCCUUGCCAUAAGUGGAUCAUUCGUGCAAUUUGGGUUCAACGUCCAAUUAGUUGCGUCUGAUAUGCCAGCUAAACCUGUGGUUCCUGGUACUAAGCCACAAUACGGUCUGGCAUUAUCUAGCUUAGUACGAGAGCGUCAAGUGGACUAUACACAGAAUAUAUGUGAUGGAUGUAUGAUGACCCUAUCUCCUAUCACUACACCUUGUUGCCGGAAUACAUUCCUUAUCGUCAGUGUACAUGGCGAAGACUUUCGUGGCAAACUAAAUUACGGCGAUGAAUUCCUGCUCAGAGCAGAGAAUUAUGGAGAUCCUGAGGCAGCACCAUUGUACGUUCGAUACACCUCAGCUGUAACGCCAGAGCCAAGAGAUCGUAUGCCUCUUCGGUUAAGCGCGACCAAAGACAGUAAUUGUCGCUUCACAGCAAUGCCCUUGUUGCCUUGUGAUCGCAUUGAAGGUUUUGGUAGUCCAGUCAAGACUAGUGCUCGUCUCAUCAUAAAAAAUUGUAUCGCUGACCAAAGUUUGUGUGUUAUGAAUCAAAACUGGAUACAGACUUUUUUUGGGGCGGAGUGUGGAGUUACUUGCCGGAACUACAUCGACAUCCAUGGAAGAUUUACAGCGGAGAACAUAUUUACAAUGGUCAGCGAUGUUGAAACCAAAUCAAAAAAAUAG